AUGAAGAGUGAAACACAAACAGCUGAAGAUAUCAGACUAGGUGGGUCAUCACCAUUUGUAACCAUUAUGAAACUAUGCAUUAGUCCACUUCUUUUUGCAAUCUUUAGCGGCGUUCAAGACUCAAUUGAUCUUUAUAUUAUAAAAAAGGGUUUUGGAAAGGAUGGAGUAACGGUAGUUAGUAUUGCUGGUGGUCUAAAAUCCCUUGUAUCCCUUUUGUCCACCUUUGCAAGUGGUGGUGCCUCAGUAAAAACAGGGCAAUUAAUUGCAAAACAUGAAUAUGAAAAAGCAGGAAAAUUAUUUGUAGAGUUUAUUCGAGUAGGUUUAUUCAUUGGCAUUAUUCUUCCAUUAUUAUUGCUUCCUGCUUGUCCAAUGAUCCUCACAAAGAUUGGAAUGCCAGAAAAACUUAAAACGGUAGGUGUCAGAUAUUUAACUCCAAUUUUCAUUUAUCCAUUCUUUGUUUAUUUAUUUAACUUCCUGAAUAGCAUUCUUAUGUCAAUGGGAUUUUCAAUUUUAUCAUCAGUGAUACAAGUUUUGGCUUUACUUCUUUCUCUUGGAUUGGAUGCACUUUUCAUUUGGGGAUUUCAUGCUUCAAUCGGAUGGAUGGGUGUUGCUUUGGUCUCUGGUCCAUCAACAAUUUGUCUUAUAGUAUUCUUCCUAUUCAUUUUUAAUGUAUUUGCUGUCAAGCCAGUUUGGUCAUCAUUUUUUGCCAAACCAAGUCCAGAAUUUUAUGAUGCUCAUUGGCUGACAAUUCCAACUGUUGUAAUGGUCUUAUUCACAUUGACUUGCCCUCUCAUUGUAGUUGGUUUUGUGACCAAAGCUUCAAAGAAUAUUGGAAAAGAUAAAAUUUUCCCAACAGUUUAUGCAACAACUGCAAAAGCAUAUACAAUUUUGCUUACAUGUUCAAAUGAUGCUAUUUCUGGUCUUGGUCCAUGUGCCAAUUAUGCUUUCACAAGAAAUGAUUUAAAGAGAUUCACAAAACUUGUUGCAAAUGCAUUUAUUUUACCAGGACUUAUUGUUGCUACUAUAUGGCCUAUAAUGGUAUUUACUCCUAAGAUAGUAUUGAAGAUUUGGCUAGAUGAUCCUGAAAUGCUUGAAUAG